AUGAUAAUUCGACAAAUCUCAUCCCAUGUCAUCAAAAUUCAUCUUUCUCAAUUUUCAGUGAAUUCGAUAUAUCUCGAUAAAGAUUCUCUGACAAUUAGCGAUGAUAAUUCGACAAAUCUCGAUGAAUAUUAUCCGACAACUGGCAUACUUUCUCCAGCACUGUUCAAAUUGAAGUAUCUGGAGCAUUUGGAUUUGAGCGCCAAUUUCUUGAGUGGUAUUAUACCGGAAGAGCUUUCUAGUCUACACCGACUGAAGCAUCUCGAUCUCAGCUCCAAUUAUUUUGAAGGCCAGAUUUCAAAGCAUAUAUCCUCCCUUCACAACUUGACUUAUCUCGACUUGUCUUGUGCUGGUGCUGAUCUGGAUGGUAGUAUUCUGUGGCGUCUGGGAAAUCUUUCCCAACUGCAAGUUAUAGAUCUUGCAACAAAGAUUUACCUCCAGGACGAAGUUUCAUAUAACUCGUAUGAUUGUGGACCUGUCUAUAGUCCCAGUUUGAAGUGGACAGAGAAUGUGCGAGGGUUAAAGCAUUUGUCACUGCAAGGGGUCGAACUGAACAUGACGGGGAAGCAAUUAGAAGCACCACUUUCUAGGCUCCAUAGCCUUCACCACCUCAGCCUCAAAGACUGUUCUCUGUCGGGGCACAUCCCCAAUGCUUUACGAAACCUCACCUCGCUCUCCCAUCUCCAUCUUGGCUGGAACGAGCUUACUUCCAGUUUGCCCACAUGGCUGGGAAAUAUGACUGGUUUAGUAUCCAUUCACUUUGACCGCUGUUACCUGACGGGGCCAUUCCCUUCGAGUCUUUCCCGUUUGCCUCAUCUGAAAGAGAUUAAGUUGGUCGACAACAAAAUAACUGGAAAUAUAAGACAAAUAUUGCCAUGUGAAGCGUGGCCCCAGCUUACCAGAUUUGCUCUCUCGGGUUCCAAUGUUACAGGAAGCUUGCCGCCUUGCAUUGGAAAUCUUUCUUCCCUUCAAUAUCUUGAUCUUGUAGACAACUUAUUGAAUGGACAAAUUCCAGCUUCAGUUGGAUUGCUUUCAGCCUUGGUUUAUCUCGACCUCUCUUAUAAUCUUCUGACCGGCAAUGUGCCUUCUGAGUUGGGUGGGAUUUCCUCUUUGGAAGUGCUUUAUCUAGACCACAAUCACCUUAACGGUAGCAUUCCCAAUUCUCUUGGAUAUCUAAGUCGACUUUCUAGCAUUAAUCUCGGUAACAUCAAUUUAGAAGGCUUCAUUUCUCUUCAUUUCUUUGAAAAUGCUACCAGGCUUGUUGAGCUAAGUCUUUCUGACAAUAAAUUGACUCUUCAUAUUGAGCCCGAAUGGAUACCUCCAAUGCAGUUUCAAGUAUUGCACUUGGGUUCUUGUAAUAUAGGGGGUCUCAUUCCUGCAUUCCUUUCAACACAAUAUAGCUUGGGGUUGUUGGAUCUCUCCAACAACAGUCUCUUUGGAAACAUUCCAGCUUGGCUUGGGGACCUUCCAUAUUUCGUAUUUAUUUCCCUGUCGCAUAAUAACUUGCAAGGUGAACUCCCUUCCAGCUUUGAUAUAAGUUACUAUGAGAAGAUAUAUUUGGGUCAUAAUAUGUUGACUGGUUCUGUUCCGAUUCCUUCUGUGCCUGCAUCAGAUUUUGAAUUGUUGGACUUGUCCCAGAAUAGAUUCACCGGUUUUAUCCCAGUGGAGAUUGGUUUGCUUCUUCCUAACAUUGAAUUCUUGUUAUACUCUGAAAAUGAUUUAAGAGGUGAUAUUCCUUCUUCCAUCGGUCUUCUGCAAAAGCUACGGGAUUUGGAUCUAUCAGGUAACAACUUUGAAGGUAAAAUACCAUCAAGCCUCACCAACUGCACAGCUUUGAAAAGACUAAAUCUGAUUUUGGAUGUGGCAAAUAAUUUCUUGUCUGGGAACAUACCUCAAUGGUUAGGGCAGCUUUCUGAGUUGAUGAUACUUGUUUUGAGAUCAAACAACUUUAAAGGGUGGAUACCAAAUGCAUUAGGCAAUCUUUCAAUUCUCCAUAUCUUAGAUAUCUCCCAUAAUGAUUUGACUGGUGCUAUCCCACCAGAGUUGGGGAAGUUGACAGGUAUGAUGGAUGGAGAAGCGGGUGGAUCAGAAGUCUUAAACGGUCGUUCCUCAUUUGGUCUUUCAUAUUAUUAUAAGGAAGAGAUCAAUGUGACUAACAAAGGAUUGAACCUCGCCUAUGGUAAUUCUGUUCUUUUACUUAUAACAGCAUUUGAUCUUUCUUCAAAUCAGCUUUCAGGUGACAUUCCUUCAGAAAUUGGCAACCUUAAGCAUUUACAUGUCCUGAAUUUGUCAGGUAAUAGUCUUACAGGAGAGAUUCCAGUAAGUUUUGGCUUGUUAGAGCAGUUAGAAUCAUUGGAUCUUUCUAAUAAUAAAUUGCGUGGAAGAAUCCCAGGUCAGAUGGUACCACUUUCCUUUUUGAGUUUCUUCAUUGUGUCCAACAACAUGCUCUGUGAAACAAUCCCAUCAGGGACUCAGUUCUCCACAUUCAAUUCCACUUACUUUUCAGGGAACCCCGAUCUGUGUGGGUUUCCAGUUGACAAGAGAUCAUGCGGUUGUGAGAACAACUCAUCUGCAGGCAUGCCACCGGUUUCCGAAGAUGAAGAGGAGGAAGAGGAAGAAGAAAUCCCAUGGUAUUGGUAUGUAAGUUGGAUGGCAAGCUUUGCUGUUGGAUUCUGGGGAGUGUUUGGAGUCCUUUGCCUGAAAAAGAAAUGGCGAGUAAUAUACAUUAGAGCCCUAGAUGGAUAUGCCGUAGGUCUUCUGAAUAUAUUGUCACUCAGAAAAUAA